CCGGCUCCGCGUUCCACCUUCCUUGGCGGCUGUGCUUCUCCAAGGAGACAGGGUUCGGGGCGCCACUCCUCAGUGUGCAAAGCUUCCCACACGCACACGCAUCUCAGCAGCCUGUGUGGGCUGGCAGGAACGCAGGCAGGUUAACUCUCUCCUGCAUUGAGCCGGAGGAAGGCAAGAUCCCAGGGUCAGGACCGCGGACAGCUCCCCGUCCGGCACAUUCGCCCUCGACUUCGGCUGGAGCUGCUACUUGCCUCCACUCCCGGCCGCCAUGGAUCGCUCCCAUUUGGGUGCCGUGGUGGUCUUGCUUUGCCUGUUCUUGGUGGCGCGCGGAGGGAUCGCCGGCGGCGGCCGGCCACCCCAGGAAUUCCCCUUCAAGCACAACUACCAGGGGCACGAAAAGGAACUGCUGGACGAACUGCAGGAGGUGCUGGAGAAACUGCAGCACAAGAAGGUCUCGACCUGGGAGAAAAAGUUUAACCAAGUUCCCAAGUGUUCCUUCGGCAACCCCUGCGCCGUCAGGAAAGGCGCCCGGAUUGGGAAACUCUGCGACUGCCCGCGCAGCUCUGCCUGCAACGCUUUCCUCCUCAAGUGCUUGUGAAAUGGCCGGCCGCCUCCGCUCCGCCACCGCUAAACUCCCCCAACAGCGGCUCCCCGCUUUCUGCUUCGUCGCGACGCAUCGGCCCGAAGGGGCGGGCAGGGGGACGAUCUGGAGAAGGGGCCGGGCGUCCCCGGAACCCUGGACCCAGGCUUCGGAAGUAAUA